GAAAACCAUGUUCUUUCAGCAUUUCCAGCCACAAGUGCAGCAGCAUACUUGUUUUAAAAGAUACAUAACAGACUUUAUAUUUAAUCAAAUUAUGGAAGGCCAGUUUGAGUUAGAAAGCAGCAUGAGGUGCAGAGCCAUAGACAUUCCCUGGUGAUGGAAGAGGCCCCUGUUCCUUUUUCACAGUUGUAUUUGUCUGGCACAUGGUAGAUGUUCAGCAAAGAUCUGUGCAGUGAAUGAAUCUCAGGAGCUUUUGUCUGACUUAUUAUUAAUUAAAAUGGGUUCUUCUCUCAUACAAUGACUAUCCACUUUACAGGUGAAGAAGCAUAAUCUGGAGAUGGAAUGGCUAAUUUAGAAGAGCCCCAAGUAUUUUUUGCUCAUUUAUCACUUGCUAUAUCUUUAAAGGGACUUUGAUUUUCAAGCUCUAUAGUAGUUGGAAUUAAGCCAAACAUAAUAAUGUGAAAUUUUUGUAUGGACUGCUACAGUGGCUUGACCAUUUAUAGUUGUGAUUUGCAUAUUCGUUGUUUGUAAACAGGCAGUUAUAAAGUUCUCAUGGAGGUACUUAAACAGUUGCCUUCUUGAGCUAAUUUUGUUCCUUUAUGUUGUUGUUACUGUUUUAUUGUUUGACUUGUUGGUAACUUCCCUGCUGAGGGCUGUCGGAACUUCAGUUAUUGAACAGAGUGUGGUGUCACUGGCUUGAGUGUGAAGGGACUUCAGAAACGAUCUUGCUGAAGCAAUUCAUUGUUUAGAAGAAGAAACGGGCCUCCAGGCGGCUAAGUAACUUGCCAAUACCACAUCAAUAGUUGGCAACAAAGCUGGAAGUAGAGCCCAGGUUUUACGGUCUCUUGUUCAGUGUAUCUUUGUUGUGAAUAAUUUACCUCUAACUGACAAAUAAUAUAAGAAGUCAGAGUUUAGGUGCAGAUUUAUUUAGGCAGUGAUAUAUGAUAAAAAAUAGGACAAUCAGGGGCAGUCUUAAAAAUCAGUUACAUUGGCUUUUCUUUCCUCCCGAGUGCUCGGUCACUGUGCCUGUUGAAGAGUAACGGGUUAGUGGGAAGAUGACCUAAGGAGAGGAGGACGCCUAGGCAGUCAGGGUGGGGGACACAUGAAGGAUCUGAACUGCUCUGGGGUCAAGAAGAAUGAUUAUGAGAGAAGAGUGUGUCUGCACCAUGUGAUGAUCUUACGGGGCUGCAGACAUGGGGUUAGCCCUGAUGCUGCUGACUGAAGGCAUAGCCAGGAGAGAAACAAAAGCCUAGUCAUACAGUCAUGUGCAUUACUUUAUGAAAAGAAGAACAAUGCCUAGCAUAUGUGGGCCUGUGUAUGUAUGCCUGCAUAUGUGUUUAAAGAUUAUAUUUGAAUUGAUUGAAUGAGCCCAGAAGAGUCAGAGCAGUUAUAUAUUGAUACCUCAUGAAUUAUCAUUUGGAAGAUAAAUUACCUUUUCUUUGGUAACUAUAUUAUUUAAUGUAUUACAUUCACGUAUUAUUUGUAUUAAACAAAAUGGAACUAAACAAAAAUCUAUUCAUAGAUUCUCAGACUUAAGAUCUUUUUAACUUUUAGAGUUUGCAGGAAGGUCUUGGUCAGUGUCUGAGGCUUUUCUUGAACCCUCCUGCCUCAGUUUUCCACGUGCUAGGAUUGUAAAUGUGCCCCACCCCUAUCCUUGCAGCUUAUUUAUGAUUGUUUAAAAACUGAGCUUUAAACAGGAUGGCAGAUAAUAGAUUUUCCAAUAGAAAAAUCCAAAUGAUUCGUCCUCUGAGUCACUGUGCUCUGGGCAUUUCUAACACACCGACUUUUAAAACGUUUUUCUUAUUAUAUCAGAAAUCUCUUAUGUUUAGCAGCAAAUUGAAGUUAUAUAUUCAUCGAAUUUUUGUAUGUUUGUUUCCAUAUAAAAUCAAGGCUAAUAAAUUCCCAUAAUCUCUUCGAUUAGCUUAAGACUGGAACCAUCCUUCUGCUAGAAAUGGAUUAUUACUGUAUUUUCUAAGUCCCGAAUCUCUUGAGCUUUUCAUAAGUUUAAUAAAUACUUUAAUAAAUACUCUUGUAAUUUUCCAGUACUGGAGAUCUUUAGUUCCAAGAAGUUGCAUGUUUAAUUUAAAUAACAGAUACUAAUAAAAGAAAGAAUAUUUUUGGGUGUAAAUAUUGGCUGGGAGCAUGUUAGUCACAGGUUUCACAUAGCGCUAACAAAGCUGUUUUUCAUAGAAAAUUUAAAACUAGGCAAUUUAAAAACUGAGGAAAACACAAGUGAUAAUUUGUGCUGGAGUGAGAAAACAAAAAUUCUAUUUUUUUUUCUGGUUAAGGCAUGUGUUUUACUAUUAACUCCUUGAAGCUAUUUUUUUCAUUGUAGUAGCAUCACCUUAGUAUUUAUAGUUUGUAACCAGGUCUUACAAUUAAACGGCACAUUCUAAUUUUCCUUGUAGUUAUUAAUUGCAUGUGCACAUGAUGUGUGUGUGUGGGAGGGGACGCAUGCCAUGUUUCCCUGUGGAGGUCAGAGGGCAGCUUUGAAGGAGUCAGUUCUCUCCGAAUACCGUUACAUGUUCCACGGUUCAACUUAGGUCCCUAGGCUUGUACAACAGGCAGCUUUACAUGCUGAGCCAUCUCACCAGCCUGACACUACAUCUUAGCAAGAGAAGCCCUCCUCUCCAAGGAGCUAGUAAAGUUUGCAGAAACCUGUAAGAAGGGUCUUCUGUGAAGGCUCAGAAUGUGAAGAUUCGUCGAUUUCAGCAAUAAGAGAACAGAGCAGAUUGCACAUGGUGAGAGGGUUUGAUGCACUGCUGACUCUUUCCUAGCUUUUAAAUAAAUUCAUUACAGUUAGCCUUCAAGAAGAAUUCUGACCACCUGUAUGGCUACUACUAAGUUUUAAUUGAAAAUUAGGUCACCCUCGUUGACUGCUGCUGUGUUGUUGGUGAGGAGAGCAUAGAAGACAGGGCUUCCUGGCUUGUAAUGCAGUUCAGCUGCUGGGUCAUCUAGCUUGUUAAGCCUUAAGUCACAGAGGGCCUUACUUUCUUCCUUUAAAAUAGUGUCUUCAUUUAAGGCUGUAUAUGCAGUUGCAUGUUUUCUGCAUAUAGCUUAAGGAUUUUAAACUUAAAAUGUGCUAUGAAUUAUUUUGACUGUUUUCUCCUUUUCCUUUUGUGGUAGGAGCUGAAAGACCAAACAGAAGUGGCUGAUGCCUUUCUGGACAUCAGAGGGACAGAUAUUAAUUUAGUUAGAACUAUGGUACUAACAAGCAUUUGUUAGAAAUAGUACCAACAGGCAUUUGUUAGAAAGAGGGCUGUUAAAAGCGUGAGGACUCUUGCUUUUGACCUGUUUCGUUGUUUGGUUGAGAUGGUGUCUUGUGUAUCCUGGACUGAAUUUGGGCUCCUAGCCGUCCCCUUGCCUCAGGCUUCCUGAGUGCUGAGACAGAGAUACAUGGCACCAUGCUUGGCAGGCCCUUGCUGGUGGAGGAUUUGUAGAGAUACAUGGCACCAUGCUUGGCAGGCCCUUGCUGGUAGAGGAUUUGUACUUGCUAUUAAAUUUUAGGAUUUGUUCAUGAUUUAAAUAUUUCUUUCUAGAAGAAAAAUAUGUGAAGACAGCCAGGAAAAUUCCAGAAGCAGCAGGUGAAACACCUGCUUAAGAUGGCAAAAAUGGAGUAUUGAUAAUAUGUGCUUCUUUGGGUAGUCAUGAGGAGUAAGGGGCAUAGUUUAUUUAAAAUUCUUGGUAUAGUGUCUGACACAGAAAAAUAUUUACUGUUUUUGUGUAUGAUGUAUGUGUGUGUUUGUAUAUUUGCAUAUGUGAACACACACUAUGGCACACCCGGUGGUCAGAGAACAAUCUUGGCUUUGGCCUUUUUUGAGAUGGGGUCUUCUUAUUGUUUGCUCCUCUGUUGAUCCUUUUUGGCUGUUAACUACCAUGUAUGUUUUUCUUCUGUAAACAUGAGAUCAUUUUGUAAUACAGGUGUUUGUUUUCUGACACAGUCAAUGCAAGAAGAGUGAGCCAGUAAUGAGAAGUUUAAUAGUGCUCUAAAUGGAUGCAUGCUAUUGUCUCUAAGCAUCCCUCAUGACUGAGCUAACCAAUGAUAUUCCUACCCUGCUUCCGUAGAAGUGCUUAGCAAGUGACCCCAGUCUUUUGUUCUUUGUACUGUGAUGGGCUCAGACAGCAUUUGCGCAGGUGUGCCAUCCACAAGGCUCCAGACUGCUAGUUGGGCUGUGAUCUCUUGGCAGUUGGGAGUUCGCUGGUGUGGGCGUCUCACUGAGGGAGAUCCUGCCUUUCCCUCUCUUUCCACUCCGUGGGUUUGUAUUCCUGCAGUUAGAGGAAAGUACUGAGUCAGUUAGCCUGGGCUUUGAAAAUGGUUUUACAAAAGAACAAACCCCAGAUUCUAUUGGUCAUGCUUAGGGAAUGUUGAGGUCCUCGUGGACCGUUAUGAAAAGUGAGAAUGUGUGGGUGACAGGGGUUGACACUGUCUGAAACUACUGGUUUAAAAAUGGAAGCCAGAGGUUCGUCCACCUGGUUCAUCUGGGCUAAAAAGAGUUCCAGGGCAGCCUGAGCUACAUAGUGAGAACUCAUGUUAAAUAAAACAGGCAGCAGCAACAGCUCCCUCCUCCCGGCAUUCCUGCCUCACUUCCCCAACCAAAACAUAAAUAUGAAGAAAUACCUCUUGUGGCUGAGGCAGAAAUAUGGCAAGUUAGAGGCCAUCUGGAGCUCCAUAACGAAGCCCUGUGUGGGGUGGAGUGGAGGAACGCAGCGACCCUUCCUUAGGCCUGUGUUUUUAUAACUGUUGAUGGAAACUUGUUUCUCUGUAUUUCCUUCUUCUCUUCUCUCCUUCCACCCCCACUUCUUUGUGGCUGAAUAAAGAAUGCUGCAACACAUGCCCUUGUAUACACCAUUUUAACAAAAUUUUAUGUUUAGUUGUGAUGUAAACUCCAGUGGCAAUGGGUGUUUAGAUGAAAGGAUUUUAAAGGGUUCAUUGAUGGUUGUUAGUAGCUGUAACUGUCCUGUAGAGAGGCUUCCCAGUUACACUACCAGGUAAAACUACAUUUUCUCACUUUCAUUGGCACCAGUGUUUGAUUGGAACAAAGUUUUGUUAUGAGUAAGCUAUUGUGAACUCACCAUUAACUUUGUAAGUUGUUUGUCCACAUUUUCUGACACAUUUAAUUCCCGACCCGUAGUUCUCUGCUUCUAACCAGCAAUCUUGUGAUAUGUAGGUUGGCUCCAAGCUGCUCAACCCAUGGCUACAGAAGCCUUAAGACUGAGGGCUGCAGAGAGGAGCUGUGCCCUGGGGGUGGCAUUAAGGAUCUUUGGAAGAACAGCCAGUGUUCUUAACCUCUGGGCCAUCUCUCCAGCUCCCAGAUGUUGUUUCUUAAUGUACUAAGAGAAGCUGCCCGUGUCUCCUGCCACAGUACUGCGAAGCCAAGGUGGUGCUGCUGAUCAGAACCUACACCAUCAUUUUAGGGGCUAAGGAAUUGGAGCAUGGCUGUGAUCAGCGGAAGUGAUUCUGUGCUUCUGAGCAAUGGCAGCAUCUCAGCCAGUACCAUCAACCCUAGUCCCCUCACCCCCAGCGAUGGAGACCCCACAGCCCAGCAGCUCACUCCCAGAGAAGCCCCGAGAACAAAAGCAAGUCCAAAUGGAUGCCUGCAACUUAAUGGCACAGUUAAGUCAUCCUUUCUGCCUUUAGACAACCAAAGAACACCUCAGACGUCAGCUCAGUGCUGCCAUCCUUGUCCAUACCAUCACCCUGUGACCAGCCAUAACAGUCACCAAGAGUGCCAUCCCGAGGCUGGCCUUGCAGCAUCCUCCGCUUUGGCCUCGUGUUGCAUGCAGCCACAUUCCGAAUACUCUGCAUCUCUGUGUCCAAACCAUUCGCCUGUCUAUCAGGCUGCGCACUGCCUUCAGCCCUCGCCAUCUUUCUGCCUUCAUCACCCGUGGCCUGACCAUUUCCAACAUCAACCUGUACAGCAGCACCUGGCCAUCAUCAGGCCAUCCAGACCUUUCAAAUUUCCGAGAAGCUACGCAGCCCUGCUGGCCGACUGGCCCGUGGUGGUCCUGGGCAUGUGCACUCUGCUCAUCGUGGUCUGUGCCCUGGUGGGGGUCUUAGUCCCCGAGCUCCCCGACUUCUCUGAUCCACUGCUGGGUUUUGAACCAAGAGGGACUGCAAUAGGACAGAGGCUGGUCACAUGGAAUAACAUGAUGAAAAAUACAGGAUACAAAGCAACAUUAGCAAAUUAUCCUUAUAAGUAUGCAGAGGAGCAAGCCAAAAGCCACAGGGAAGACAGAUGGUCAGAUGAUCAUCAUGAGAGAGAGAAAAGAGAAGUAGACUGGAACUUCCAGAAAGACAGCUUUUUCUGCGAUGUUCCAAGUGACGGAUACUCCAGAGUCGUGUUUGCUUCUGCAGGAGGGGAGACUCUGUGGAAUUUACCUGCAAUUAAGUCCAUGUGUGACGUGGAUAACUCCAGGAUCAGAUCCCACCCCCAGUUCAGCGACCUCUGCCAGAGGACCACAGCCGUCUCCUGCUGCCCCAGCUGGACUCUGGGGAAUUACAUCGCCAUUCUGAACAACAGAUCAUCCUGUCAGAAAAUCGUCGAGCGAGAUGUCUCUCACACACUGAAGCUGCUGCGGACCUGUGCCAAGCACUACCAAAACGGCACCCUGGGGCCAGACUGCUGGGACAAGGCGGCCAGGAGAAAGGACCAGCUCAAGUGCACAAACGUGCCACGCAAGUGUACCAAAUACAACGCCGUGUACCAGAUUCUCCACUACUUGGUGGACAAAGACUUCAUGGCCCCAAAGACGGCUGACUCCGCCGUGCCAGCUUUAAAAUACAGCAUGCUCUUCUCCCCCACAGAGAAAGGGGAGAGCAUGAUGAAUAUCUACCUGGACAACUUUGAGAACUGGAACUCUUCGGAUGGCAUCACCACCGUCACUGGGAUCGAGUUUGGCAUCAAGCACAGCUUGUUUCAGGACUACCUCCUCAUGGAUACUGUGUAUCCUGCCAUCGCCAUCAUCAUCGUCCUUCUCAUCAUGUGUGUCUACACCAAGUCCAUGUUCAUCACCCUGAUGACGAUGUUCGCCAUCAUCAGCUCCUUGAUCGUCUCCUACUUCCUCUACCGAGUCGUAUUCAACUUUGAGUUUUUCCCGUUCAUGAACCUCACGGCGCUCAUCAUCCUGGUGGGAAUCGGCGCAGACGAUGCCUUUGUCCUGUGCGAUGUCUGGAACUACACCAAGUUCGACAAGCCUCGUGCAGAGACGUCGGAGGCGGUGAGCGUCACCUUGCAGCACGCUGCCCUCUCUAUGUUCGUCACCAGCUUCACCACUGCCGCUGCCUUCUACGCUAACUACGUUAGCAACAUCACGGCCAUCAGAUGCUUCGGGGUGUACGCAGGGACCGCUAUCUUGGUGAAUUACGUCCUGAUGGUCACCUGGCUGCCAGCUGUCAUUGUUCUGCAUGAGCGGUACCUCCUCAACAUGUUCACCUGCUCCCGCAAGCCCCAGCCGCACGCCUACGACAAGAGCUGCUGGAGGCUGGUCUGCCAGAGGGGCCGCAGGCUGCUCUUUGCCGUCUCGGAGGCAUCUCGGAUCUUCUUUGAAAAGGUGCUGCCGUGCAUCGUCAUCAAGUUCCGCUACCUUUGGCUGGUCUGGUUCCUUGCCCUCACCGUGGGCGGGGCCUACAUCGUGUGCAUAAACCCGAAGAUGAAGCUGCCCUCGUUGGAGUUGUCCGAGUUCCAGGUGUUCCGCUCCUCUCAUCCCUUCGAGCGCUACGAUGCCGAGUUCAAGAAGCUUUUCAUGUUUGAGCGGGUUCACCAUGGAGAGGAGCUCCAUAUGCCCAUCACAGUCAUCUGGGGCGUGUCCCCAGAAGACAGCGGCGACCCUCUGAACCCCAAGAGCAAAGGGAAGCUGACACUAGACAGCACUUUUAACAUUGCUAGUCCAGCCUCCCAGGCCUGGAUCUUGCACUUCUGUCAAAAGCUGAGGAAUCAAACCUUCUUCUACCAGACCGAUCAGCAGGACUUCACCAGCUGCUUCAUCGAGACCUUCAAACAGUGGAUGGAAAACCAGGACUGCGACGAGCCUGCCCUGUACCCAUGCUGCAGCCACUGCAGCUUCCCCUACAAGCAAGAGGUUUUUGAGCUGUGCAUCAAGAAGGCCAUCAUGGAGCUGGACAGGAGUACAGGGUACCAUCUCAAUAACAAGACCCCCGGGCCGAGGUUUGACAUCAACGACACCAUCAGGGCUGUGGUACUGGAGUUCCAGAGUACCUUCCUCUUCACGUUGGCUUACGAGAAGAUGCAACAGUUCUAUAAGGAGGUAGACUCAUGGAUUUCCAGCGAGCUGAGUUCGGCGCCCGAGGGCCUAAGCCACGGCUGGUUUGUCAGCAACCUGGAGUUCUAUGACCUGCAGGACAGCCUCUCCGAUGGCACCCUCAUUGCCAUGGGGCUCUCAGUGGCCGUGGCGUUUAGUGUGAUGCUGCUGACCACAUGGAAUAUUAUCAUCAGCCUUUAUGCCAUCAUUUCCAUAGCUGGAACCAUCUUUGUCACCGUUGGGUCCCUCGUCCUGCUCGGCUGGGAGCUGAACGUGCUGGAGUCUGUCACCAUCUCCGUCGCAGUUGGCUUGUCUGUAGACUUUGCUGUCCACUACGGGGUGGCCUAUCGCUUGGCUCCAGAUCCCGACCGAGAAGGCAAGGUCAUCUUCUCCCUGAGUCGUAUGGGCUCUGCAAUUGCCAUGGCCGCAUUGACCACCUUUGUAGCGGGGGCCAUGAUGAUGCCCUCCACGGUCCUGGCUUACACCCAGCUGGGCACCUUCAUGAUGCUUGUCAUGUGCAUCAGUUGGGCCUUCGCCACCUUCUUCUUCCAAUGCAUGUGUCGGUGCCUUGGGCCACAGGGCACCUGUGGCCAGAUCCCUUUACCUAAAAAGCUUCAGUGUAGUGCCUUUGCCCACACCUUGUCUGCAAGUCCUGGUGAUAGGGGACCAAGCAAAACACACACCUCCAGUUCUUACCGUGUAGACACCAGGGGCCAAAAGUCCGAACUGGAACAUGAGUUUUACGAGUUACAACCGCUGGCAUCUCACAGCUGUGCCGCCUCAGAGAAGAACACUUACAGAGAGCCACACAUCUGCUCUGAGUUUUUCAACGGCCAAGCAAAGAACUUAAGGAUGCGUGUGCCUGAAGCCUACAGCAGCGAGCUCACCAAAAGCCCCAGGAGUGAAGCAGGCUCAGCCCUGUUACAGCCCUGUCUGGAGCAGGACGCCAUGUGUCACUUCUCUCUCAGUCCGAGGUGCAGCUGCCCAAAUGCCUAUACACACUUAAAGUAUGCCCCAUACUCUUGUCAGCAGAUGGGUGACUCCCUAUGUCACGAGUGUGCCUCCACUGCUGGCAGCUUUGUCCAGAUUCAGAAUGCAGUGGCACCAGUGAAGGCCACACACCAGGCCGCUGAAGACCUUCUGCAUCCCAUCCGGCACAUGCUGCCACCAGGGAUGCAAAAUUCACUGCCUAGGAAUUUCUUUCUCCACCCAGUGCAGCACAUUCAGGCCCAAGAAAAGCUCGGUCACACCAGCAUACACAGCCUUCAGGACUUGGAUGAGCAUCUUCCCAGGACAGCAGAACCAUCUCCGUCUGCCAGCAGGAGCACUGAGUCUUCCCAAAGAGCUUGUUGCAAUCCUGAGACUAACCAAAGGGGACUCUGCAAAAGCAGAGACACGGGGGACACAGAGAGCAGUGGAGGGACUGAAACCAAGGUCUCUAGUUUCCCAAACCAGACUGACAAGGCAGAGAAGGUGGAGCCAGGCCUGCUGCAGACCAAUGAAAUUGUGAACUCAGAACACUUACGUCAUAAUGAACCCAAACUUAUUUUCAGCCAUUUUACAGGGGAGGCCAGCUGCAGGUCCUGCCCAAACAGUCCACAAAGCUGUAGAAGCCUUGUGAGAUUGAAGUACGGUUCCUCGGACUGCCAGGUGCCAAACCUCGAAGCCAACGUGCCUGCUGUACCAACAUACUCAGAACUGUCUGGCAAAAGUCUGUUAAUAAAAACGCUCUAAUAAAUCCAGCUUUACAUUCAGAA